AUGGCUGGAGGACAUUCACAUAGAUCCACCGUUAAGAAUGGUCACAAACCAUUCAAGUCAAAGCAUGCCUCAAAAGGUGCUUUGAAGAAUAAAUUCAAAGGGAAAGUUGAAAAAGAUGUUAAAACUUCAAAACCAGUUAAAGGUGCAAGUAAAUUACAAAGAAAGAACUUAGCCAAACAAUUGAAAGAACAUAAAAUUGCACAAACUGCUCAAAGUAGAAAGCUUUUUGAUGGUAUUCAUGGUGCUGAAAAAGUUGUUACUGUUAUUCCUCUUACUGAAGAUGUUGCAGCAGAAGAUAUUGUUAACAGAUUAAUAGAUGGUGCUAAAAUUGAAGGCCAAGAUGCUUCAAUGAUCCAAGGUACUUCAGUGACUUCAGUUAGAAUCAAUAAAUUUAAAGCAAACUUAAAAUUCAUUAUUCCAGAUUUCAAUAACUUUGUCUCAAUUUUAGAUGCUGCAAAAGUUGCAGAUUUUGUAGUGUUUGGUUUAUCUGGUACUUCAGAAGUUGAUCCAGAUUAUGGUGAACAAAUUAUCAGAGCUUUGGAAUUACAAGGUAUUGCACAUGUUAUGGGUGUUGUUACAAACUUAUCAGUCACUCAACCAAAAGAAAAAUUCCAAUUGGAUUUAAAACAAUCAUUACAAAGUUAUUUCAAACAUUUCUUCCCAGCAGAUGAAAAGAUUUAUAAUUUAGAAAAUGCAUCAGAUUCAUUGAUUGCAAUUAGAACAUUAUGUCAAAAAUUCCCUAAAUCAAUCACAUGGAGAGACUCAAGAGGUUGGAUCAUUGCUGAUAAUGUUAACUGGGAAUCUGCUAAUACUGAAAACCCACAAGAUGGUUAUUUAACCGUUGAAGGUACAGCAAGAGGAACUGGUUUCAAUGCAAAUAGAUUAAUUCAUAUUCCAGGACAAGGUGAUUUCCAAUUAGAACGUAUUGAAAGAUUACAAAGAGGUGGUGACUUAGAUACAUAUGAAGCUACUGCAGACCAAGAGACCUUAGACGAACUAGCACCAAAUGAAGUCUCCAUGGAUGACUGGGAACAAGAAGCUUAUGAAUAUGAUGAUGAAGCUGUAAGAUAUGAAAAUGGUUAUUUACCAGCUGAAAAGGUUAAGAUGCCAAAAUUAAAUUUGCCUGAAGGUACUUCUGAUUACCAAGCCAAAUGGUUUUUGGAAGAUGAUAUAGUUAGUGAUGAUGAUAUAGAAAGUGAAGAAAGUGAACCAGAGUUAGUUGAAGAUGAUGAAGAAAUGGAUGUUGAAGAAAUCCAAACUGAACCAGAAGAUGCACAAAGUGAAAUGUUUGUCGAAUUAUCACCAGAAGAAGAAGAACGUCAAUUAAGAGAACAUCGUGAAAAGGAAGAAGAAGAUCGUGAAUUUCCUGAUGAAUUAGAAUUAAAUCCAACUGAAUCAGGUAAAGAAAGGUUAAAAAGAUAUAGAGGUUUGAAGAAUUUACAUAACUCAACUUGGGAUUGUGAUGAAUACGAUCCAAAAGCACCAUCUGAAUGGAAGAGAUUAUUACGUAUUUCAAAUUUCAAAGCAACUAAAAACAAAAUUUUAAAAGACUCAAUUAAAGAAGCACAAGUUACUGCUGGUUCAAAAGUCAAAUUAUAUAUUAGAGCACCACAAUUCAUCACAUCAAACAUGUCACAUUUCAAAGAAGUACCGUUUAUACUAUACGGUCUACUAGAGCAUGAACAUAAAUUAGCAGUUGUUAACUUUUCUAUUCAACCAUGGGAAGAUUAUGAAAAACCAAUUCCUUCAAAAGAUACCAUCAUUGUUCAAUAUGGUCCAAGACGUCAAGUUAUCCAACCACUAUAUUCAGCUGCAUCAAACAGUCCAAACAACGUUCAUAAAUAUGAAAGAUUCUUACACCAAGAUUCCGUUGGUAUAGCGACUGCUAUAGCACCAGUUAAUUUCACCAAUGCCCCAGCUAUUUUUUUCAAACAAAUAUCAGAAUCACCAAAGAAGAUUGAAUUGGUUGGUAAAGGUUCAUUCUUGAAUGCUGAACAUCAAAGAGUCUUAGCCAAGAGAGCUAUCUUAACUGGUCAUCCAUUGAAGAUUCAUAAAAACGUUGUUACUAUCCGUUAUAUGUUCUUCAAUGCAGAAGAUAUCAAUUUCUUCAAAGCUGUUCCAUUAUUUACUAAAUCAGGUAGAUCUGGUUUCAUUAAAGAUAGUUUAGGUACCCAUGGUUAUUUCAAAGCUAAUUUCGAUGGUAAAUUAACUUCUCAAGAUACUGUUGCCAUGUCUCUUUUCAAGCGUGUUUGGCCAAAACAAUCUAUCAUGUGGACUCAAUAA